AUGCUAUCAAUCAAAACUUGCGCAGUAGGUUACAUUUUCUUAAAUAUCGUUGUCAAAAUUCAUACUCUUGUGCCGUUGUCAACCGUUGAAGACAAUAAUAUAAUCAGCACAGAGGAAACAAUACGAAAUACUGUGAACAGUUUAUUCCAAGUUUUUAAGGUACCUGGUGUAAGGAAUAGACCUAAAAUAAAACAAUUAUCUACAAUACACAACUUCUUUGUUUCAAUAACAUUGACAGAUUGCGACAAUCUCGCGGAAAUUGCUAGAUUAUCGAGAGUUAAUGUCGUUGAUAACAGCACACAAAAUUUUAUUGCUCAAAUAAAUGAAGUUCUUAACGCAGACGAUAAAAGUAAAGAAGAAAAUGAUAACAACACUUAUGUUGCUACGCACAUACAAAAAUUUAUAUACAAACUUAAACAUCUGAAAGAAUCAUAUUUGUCCAAUAAAAAUACUGUUGUUAAUGCAAAAAUUUUGCACAGGCUGACUGUAGUAAGUGAUAUAGAAGACAAUAUAAAUUCAAGUAAAUCGAAUCGAGAAUUAGAAGAUGAGAAAAUGUUUGAUGAAGGCAAUAUUUGGCAGCCAAGUGGUCGCCGUAUUUACCAGGGCAAUCGAACGUCCAUCAAAAAGUUUCCUUUCAUGGCCAGCAUCCAUUUCUUCGAAAAUUUCGCGUGUGCAGGGUCUAUCAUUAAAAAUGAUCUGAUCAUUACUUCUGCGUCAUGUUUGCAACUAGCGUGGAACAAUCGGUUCUUCCGUGAGAACCCAGCGUUUCUCUCGGUGAGAAUAGGAUGUGAAUAUUAUGAUUUUUGUGGCGACAGAAUUUCAGUGUUGGAGAUAUAUUUCCAUCCGCAGUAUGAACCAAGGACGUUAAAACAUAAUAUCGCAAUCAUGAGGCUGAAAAGAAAAAUUAACUUCCGACGUAGUCAUGGGAGAGUUAAAAAGAUAGAAAUUGACAAAAGUCCGUGGGGGUUACCUACUACUUGCAGCAUCACAGUGGUUGGUUGGGGAGCUAAAGACCGUGAUGCGGGAGGACCAGGGAUAUGCGACAACACAUUAAUGGGUGUUAUUAGUUUUGGAUCACCGAUUUGUGGUUACGCUGGUUCGCCAACAGUGUUUACCAAGCUCGGCUUUUAUUGGGACUGGAUCGAAAAUAUAAUGGAACAGGAGAUUAAGUCUUAUGGAAGCCUGACUACAACUCGAUACCCGGGGAAAGUUUUUACCUUUCCAGUUAAGACUACUACCAAGGAAAUGAAGAUGUAUCCACUCGGAGAUGCUCCAAUUAGUUCCGUGCUUGGUAAAGAAGAUGCACUCAGGAUAGCAGAACAACUGGAUUUUAAUGAUUUCUUGUCUACCGUUUUUGAAAGUGAAGAGACUAAUGCUUAUAUGGAUACCACUGACACUAAAAGUAAAGUUAAUGUAGAACGUCUUGCAAAUAUUGACAAAAAGCAGAAUGAAGUGACAGAUUCGUCUGUCAGCGAUGAAGUUUCAGUUGAAACUGCAAUAGAGCCACAAAAAGGUGUUACAGUUGUAGAAAAUGCUAGUAACGAUGAUGGAACGAAUGACGAUGAAAGUAACAACGAUAAAACGGAUGUUAAAGAUGAAAAUGAGCAAAUGAAUAGUCCAAAAAUCUUAGAUAAAGAUGUUAUGGCUCUUAUUGAUGAUUUAGAUAUAGAUGAAUUACUACGAUCUAUAAUACCUUCACAAGCUACUUUAAAAAGUAGUGAAUUAAAAGAAAAGGGUAGAACUCAGAAAGAAACCUCCUUAAUAAAAAAUGAGGCCGUUUCUAAUAACGCCCAAAACAAAAUAAAAAUAAGUUCCAAUCAAAAAUCCUCUCGAGACUUAAUUAUUGACGAAAACGACGGAGGUGAACAAGAUGGUCUGAGUAUAGAAGCAGAGCCGUUCAUUGCUUCCCCGAUGAGAGAUAGACGCAACAGCACUGAAACACAUCAAUCAUCAGCUCAAAGCUUUUUGACCCUGGCUAUUAAAGAAAAGAAAAAGAAUAAAAUGAAACGUUAUUUACUUUGA